AUGGGCGUACCUGGCACUCUAUCGACCGUUGUGCUCCCGUCAAACACCACCACCACCACCAUCACCACCACCACCAUCACUGAUGCGGCGGAGUUUGUGAGCGCGCAAUUGCUCACAGAAGGCAGUCGUGUUAAGAGUGACGUGGUGGCGCGGCCGCAAUUGUUGACUCAUCCUGCGCUGGGUUCUGAAACUGAUUUUGUAGCGCAUGUCCAGCCAGACCCAGUGUCGCAAUUGGACAGGCAACAAGACCCUCAUCCACUUCUGUCUAGCAAACUGCAACGUUAUAGGCGGGUGCAAAAAACAAGAGAGCAAAAGGAGGAGCGAUGGAGGGAGAGAUGCCAAAAUAUUAACCAUGAUGAAAGCAGCGAAGACGCGUUGAAUGACGCAUCGCUUGGUCGCCUCUCGCCGAAAGUGAGAAGCAGGAGUGAGCACUCAAACACAGACUCUCAACAGGAGGCGACAUCUGCGGUGCCCUCAAAGUACUGGCUGUUGGGGAGGGAAAAUGUGGCACAAAAUAAUCUUGAGGUAAACUCAAGGGCUGCUGGUAGCAAAAUGGUAGAAGAUAGUAUCGGAAGCCCACGUCGGCAUCUUCGCGCCCCAAGUUUUACACAAAUGGAGCGGAUGGACGAGGGAGCCGUAAUUGCGAUUGAUAUGCUGCGCGAGUGGGGUGAGAAGGGAAAGGAUGAACUAUUUCCUCGUCACCCGCGCCUAGAAGCAUGCACUACGGGGAAACUUCCCACGUCGCUGUCCGCGGCCCUCACUGGACUUUCGGUUGCCACCUCCAUCGGCGAGGGACACCCAAAAGUCGUCACAGCGCUGGAUCUACCGCCCAAUUCUCCCUUGCAUGGGAGGAACUAUGGAAACAAGGCUCAAGUCUUGGAGUGCCAUGCGUCAUUAAAUGAAACAGGGCCGCCUCUGGAUCUCAGAGGCAUGGGGCCUAGACAUGACCCACUUCAAGUGGGUAACGUGCCGGUGUCUCUCCCACGGCACGGAAGUCAGCACUCACUUGAAGCCAUAUCCGUCGCCAAAAUGGCUGAAUUAUUGGAGGAUGAGGAUAUCUUGAGCCGAGGAUUCCGCGGACGCAGUCAUCAGACGAUGGACGAACUGGCGAAGGUGUGCCCUCGACGUAAAGGAGAGAGGAUGGAUAGGCGUGCGGUGCGUAUGAGCGGUGCCGUCCCGGAAUGUCGUUUGCUUGGUGCGGAAGAUGUCUUUGAAGUGUUGCGGAAUGAACCUGGAGGUGAAGGUGGUGACGGGGCGCUGUUGUCCACGUCAAAAUUUUACAGCGGCCUCAGCAGGUCGGCUAUAAACCGUGUUGUAGCGCUGGAGGACCGGUCCAUGCGACGGCGCGCAGGAGAUGUUGACUCUAAGGAGCUGAUGGUCACCACUGGAGAUAUGUAUGCCUCCACUGUAGGAAGCGAGGAGCAAACGCAUGUGAUGUCUCGUGCGCCUCAACUUCCAGUAGGCAUCCAGCAGUACCAUUCUGCGGAGGAUGAGCUUUGUAGCGUGAUGGAAUUGUGUAAAAUGGCGGCGACGUGCACGGAAAGUGUGGAAUUUUCGACGCCAUCUUCAUUGACGGAAGUCAUCACGUGA